CACCCCACGUGUCUCUCCCUCCUCUUCUCUCGCUGCCAUCUCUCACUCUCAGCACAAAAAAAAACAUUCCCCACAGCCGAGCUCAAGUCCACGGCGAGCGAAUCAGCGGCGUGGCAGUGCGUGCGCGCAAGUGGGUCCGUCGCACCGACACGCCGAGCGCCAUCCUCCCACCGUCUCUCCGCUCCACCUCGACAAGAACCGCGUGCGCCCCGAGCCUCCCCAAGAGCGUCGAAGCCAAGUCGGUGAACCGCGGACUUUGAACCGCCCGGGUUCGACCCCUCAACCUCCCGCUACCAGCCGCCUCGCCCCGCGCACCACGCCUGAUGCAGACCCCCUCCAGCCUUGCGUGAUUCACCAACCCCAAUCCCCCCCCCCCCCCCACCACCCGGCGAUCUCACGAUGUCCGCAAUCGAAGGCCUGCGGGCGAACCUGCAGCAGCUGACGGCCAAGCUCCAGGCCGACCUCAAGCCGGCGCUGGAGGCGGCGGCGCUGAAGCUGAGGACGGCCGCCGAGGAGGCGUCGGUGGCCGCGUCGCGCGCCUCCGAGACCCUCUCGUCGCAGCUCGACGCCUGGCGCGGCCGCGUCGAACUCAUGGUGCCCAACGCCGUGGACGCCCUCCACGACCUGGCCAGCAAGUACCCGGCCAUGCGGGCGCCCCUGGCACGGCUGGAGGAGAAGAUGCCCCACCUCAACGUCGUUCUGCCCGUCGCGGCGGCGCUGCUCGCCGCGGCGCUGGUGGCGCUCGCGUACGGAAGGUGGCGCGGCAAGAGGGCGGCGGUGGACAAGGCGACGUCGGGCCGGCCGGACGGGACGAAGAAGAAGGCCGUCGCCGAGGAGGUCGGCCUCCAGCACGCGCCCAGGCAGAGCGCGGCGUCUGCGGGGGCAGGCGGAGGUCACCAACACCUCCAGAUGGACGCGGCCACGCUGGACGCGCUGGCGGAGCGCCUCUACCGCGUGCUCAAGGUGGAGCCGUUCGUCGUGAAGGGCUCCAGGGAGGGCGACGAGAGGGCGCCGCCGGGCCGCGGGGGGGACGCGCCGCCCGCCGAGGGCGGCGGCCGGGCCGUGAGCCCCGGCGUCAAGAAGAAGGAGCGCAAGGAGAAGAAGUCCGGCCGCCACGUGGACCACAAGGCCACCGAGGUCGCCAACGCGGCAGGCAAUCACGAGCGAGCUGUGGAUGGGAGUGAUGGAGAGAUUACAGGCGAGCUGAAGAACAGCGUGCACGUGGCAGAGGCAGACGGAGAGCACACGGUGGCUGAGGACGGACACGGCAAGGACAGCCACGAAGAAUGAAUGUUAACUCCAAGUGAAAGAAUCUUCCCCAUCAGCAAAAACCCUGAUAAUUAGCAGACCCAUAGCUACCAAAUGGCUGGGAGGCUCAACCAGGGCCACGAGUUCUUGAACAGGCUUAGCUUUCUCUGUCAGCCACGCCCUCUUUUCCGUAACCACACCCACUCAACAACUAGCCUCCGCCCACUACCCAGUGAGCUCCACCCACUGCCCCGGUAGCUCCGUCCGCUGCUCAAGUAGUCCCGCCCACUGCUCAGGUAGCUCCGCCCACUGCUCGGGUAGCUCCUCCCACUACUCAAGUAGUCCCGCUCACUGCUCAGGUAGCUCCGCCCACUGUUCGGGAGCUCCUCCCAUUACUCAAGUAGUCCCGCCCACUGCUCAGGAAGCUCCGUCCACUCCUCAAGUAGUCCCGAACACUGCUCAGGUAGCUCCGCCCACUGCUCAGGUAUCUCCGCCCACUGCUCAGGUAUCUCCGCCCACUGCUCAGGUAGCUCCUCCCACUACUCAGGUAGCUCCGCCCACUACUCAGGUAGCUCCACAGACUACUCAGCUCCACCGUCUACCCAGGUAGCUCUGCCCGUAUCACGAGUCCCUGAUCAUGGUGGGUGCCAUGAUGAACCCACGGAGAACUGCCCUGACCAUACCAGAACAUUUGGUUGCGUUUAACCGGACCCCAAGCCACCUCCCUACACCGUGCACAUGGCAACACUCACUAGGGCGGGUGAGGGGUUGCAUCCUCACUGAGCCUGCUUGAAUCACAAUCACGGUACGGCGAGUUCAAGUCUUCGUCAGGGGGUCACCCAUCAAUAUCACCAUCCUCACCAUCACCGUCGCCUCUCCCACCAUCGUGGCGACUUGUGGAAAGUCAACAGAGGUGGUCCUCUGGAGAAACUGGCCCCUGUCAUGGGAAUGUGGAAUUUACGCCACUGGUUCAGGGUCGCCAAUAGAGAUGAGUGUUUGCCGCAAGCUCCUUUGAGCGCUUUGAUUUUUUUGGAUAUGUAACUUAAAAAAAAAGAAUUACCCCACAAAUCGUUCUAAUUACAGGGUAAUCCAGUCAUAGAUACCCCACCGAUUAAAAAUGGCCCUCUUGCCUCUCCUUUGCGAAAAGCGACGGGGGGGGGGGGGGGGAGAGCGUUAAAAUAAUUCGUCGGCAUGUUGAGAUUGGAGGGAAGCGCUUUGGCAAGGGCGCAGCCCUGCAAUUGCUUGCUCAUGCCACUGCCGAAAGGACCUCCACUGGAGGGAGCUCUGCAGGGAGUGCCUUUAGGAGGCGUUUUCGGCCUACUCUUCCACGCUUUGUUCAGACGCCUUGGAAGAGAGACACGCGGAAGACACGCGUAGAGGCUCCGAAAUAAAAUGUUGUCCUAUCGUGUAAUUUCUCAAUAUUUAUUUCAGUGGUGUAUCUAUAAACGGAUCACCCUGUAUUUUAGACCAAAUACUUUCCAGUCUGACUCUAAUGGCAGGGUGGGGGGGGGAUCAGGCCAUGAGGCGCGGAGUCUUACGUCAUCACGUCGGGGAACUGGCGUGAAAGACGACACCACAGACCCCCCCCCCCCCCGGCCCACGUCGACAGGAGUCUCCUUCAACAGGCCCUCUGUCGUCCGCACCCGAUGGCGCUCCACCGUGCUGCGUAAAGAGCGUGAAGAGGAGAGCGCGAAGAGGAGGGCGUGAAGAGGAGGGCAUGAAGGGGAGAGCGCGAAGAGGGGAGCGUGAAGAGGAGGGCGUGAAGAGGAGAGCGUGAAGAGGAGAGCGUGAAGGGGAGAGCGUGAAGAGGAGAGCGUGAAGAGGAGAGCGUGAAGAGGAGGGCGUGAAGAGGAGGGCGUGAAGAGGAGAGCGUUUCACCGCGCGUCGCGUCGCCCGAUGCAUUUCAGCCCGCGGAGCCAGGGGCUUGGACGAAUCGAGUGAGAAGCCGAAUCAGACUACGCCGAUGGGUUGCGUUAUUGACCGGUCGUCGGCAUGCGGGCUUGAUACGUCAAACCCACGACACACAAGGACCCGGCUCAAUCAUGCGCGGGUGAAUAUCCUGGAUUGCAAAGUCCCGGUGGUGCUGGCUGGCUCGGUGGCUCUGAUAUGGCCAUUGUGAAUUGUCUGAGCCACCCCCGAUAGCUAAGUUGUAAACGAACGCCGUGGCUCACUGGCAGCUGUUCGUUUCGUCGGAACUCGAAUCUGAAAUACAAUAGAAAAUCCUGACCGAGUGAAGGUCACAAA